AUGGUUGCUCAGACACGAACAGGGGGCCACAGUAGCCCAAAGAAGCUGAAGUUUCACGACAAACUUGUCGGGAAAGGACUAUCUACUGAUGCGCUCCUCAAAAAGUUGAAGGCCCUUCAUACAGAGCUCGCAGACAUGGACCAAGAGCUCGUUGAUGUCAACUCGUUGUCCGCAGUGCGCAAAGAGCUUGUCAGCACGUCCAUACUUCUUCACAAAGACAGAGGCGUCAAGGCCUACGCUGCAUGUUGUCUUGCCGACCUUCUGAGACUCUAUGCUCCAGACGCGCCGUAUACCCACCACGAGCUUCGAGACAUCUUCCAGUUCUUCUUCAGGCAACUAUCUACUGGUCUCAAGGGCUCCGACUCUCCGUACUACAACGAGUAUUUUCACCUGCUUGAGUCUCUAUCGACUGUCAAGAGUGUGGUCCUCGUCUGUGAUCUUCCAAAUGCCGACGAACUCAUGGCCGAUAUAUUUCGUGACUUUUUUGGUUUGGUCAGACGUGAUCUCGCGAAGAAAAUCGAACUGUUCAUGGCCGAUAUCCUUAUUGCUCUUUUGGACGAGUGUCAGAAUUUGCCCGCUGAUGUCCUCGAGUGUAUCAUGGCGCAAUUUAUGGAUAAGAAUGCUCGCAUGGAUCAACCAGCUUACCGUCUCGCCGUUCAAGUGUGCAACGCGACAUCUGACAAGCUGCAGCGCCAUGUCUGCCAGUAUUUCACCGAUAUCAUUGUACAACAUUCACGAGACGAAGAAUUUGAGGAAGUUCGCACGGCACACGACCUCAUUAAGCAACUCAACCGCUCGUGUCCAACCCUUCUUCAUAACGUUGUUCCCCAACUGGAGGAAGAGCUCCGUGUAGAAGAGAACCAGAUCCGCGUCAUGGCCACGCAAGUCCUCGGCGAGAUGUUCGCGGAUAAGGGUGGAACAGAAUUCGUGAAGAAAUAUCCUACAACAUGGAAUCAAUGGUUACUCCGGAAGAAUGAUAAGGCAUCAGUGGUCAGAGUGGCAUUCUUGGAAGCAACAAGAGGGGUGCUCGUUAAUCUGCCUGAGAUGAGGGAUCCGAUUGAAGAGGCACUCCGUCUCAAAUUGUUAGAUCCUGAUGAAAAAGUCAGAGCUGCUGUCUGCAAGCUGUAUUAUCAGCUAGAUUACGAAACUGUUCUUCACUACGUCUCGGAGAAGCAGCUGCACUCUGUAGCCGGUCGCUGUCUUGAUAAGAAGCAUUCAGUCCGUGUCGAAGCUAUGAAUGCAAUUGGCCGGCUCUACAGUCUUGCUUAUCCUGAGAUCGAGAACAGCGAUCCGGCUUCUGUGAAACAUUUCGCCUGGAUACCAGAAGCAAUUCUGCACAUGUCUAUGACCACGGGAGAAGUGAAAGCUGUGGCUGAGCAAGUCAUCGCUGAAUACAUCUUACCCCUGCCCUCGCCACCAUCAUCAUCAACUUCCAAGAACACAGAAAUCGACGAAGCAGCAUGGACGGAUCGCCUCUUAUUCACCAUGCGAUUUUUGGACGAGACCGCCAUCAACGCCUUGCUGAGCUUCUCAGCAUUGAAAGUAACGCGGCCCACCGGGUUUGAGAAAUUCUUGCAAUGUUGCGUCGAAAAUAAUGGCGGUGUUAUCGACGAUAAUGAGGAAGCUAUCACUGAAAGACUCAAUCAGGGAAUUAAGCGCAUGUCAGCGCUAUUCCCGGACCCGCAGAAAGCCGCAGAGGACCUGCAUGCAUUCGCGAAACUGAAUGAAAACAGGCUCUACAAGUUAUUAAGAACAUGCAUGGAUGUACAAGUGGAUGUGAAGGGCCUAGUGAAGGCUUCUAAUGACUUCAUGCGACGAGUCGAACAGCUGUCUUCAUCUAUCGUGCCGACGAUGACAAUUCUACUACGGCGUGCGAGUCUCCGGAUUGUGAACCAGUCAUCAAUUCCCACAUUCGUAAAGCGCUUGCAGAAAGGUGAUGCAGGAGGUGACGGACAGGGCUCGAGUCAGGCGCAGGUUUCGGCGCGCAACGCUCAAAUCUGGAUGAACUACGUUUCGAAGCAUUGUCCUGCGAUCUAUCAAUCUCACAUUGGAGAGCUCUCCAAGGCGAUUGCUGAUGAGAGGAAUAGCAGACUAGUUGAGGUAUGCCUUCAGGCUCUUUCAGCAGUGGCAGGUUGGGAUAACAAGUCAGCGCCUACUGACAAGCGCACCAUGGAGCGAGUCAUGCGAUUUGUCAUGGAGUCCAAUCACCGACACGCCAAGUUCGCCGCGCGGUUAUUGGCUUAUUCCAAGAACUCAGAAGGCCUAUGUGAGCAGGUGGUAGAAUCAAUUGCGGAUGGACUUCAGGACGCGGAUCCCGAGCUGCGUUUAGCCCACAUUGCAGUCCUAUCACAGUUUUCCCUACGAAUGCCAGAUGCUUUUGAGCCAAAGAGUGAUGUCAUCGUGGCCUUCCUCCUCAAGCAAGUUCUUAUGGCGCCGAAUGAAAAUGAAUACAUGGAGACCGACGAGGAGAAUGUGGAGGAGUGGGGAGAAGAGGCCGACGUGACCUCGGAAGUGAGGGCCAAAGUUCUAGCUCUCAAAGUCUGCCGCAAUAGGUGUCUUGCGCACGCUGCGGAUGCAACGGCGCUCGAGAUAGCAAAGCCUGCAUUGAAGAUGUUCGCAACGUUGCUGCAAUACAACGGCUCUCUGAGCGCAGGGGCACGGGAUGAUCCGAAGACGAAGUCGCGCAUGAGGUUACAGGCCGCAAUCUCUCUGUUGCAUCUAGCCAAUGUAGAAGCGUUCAUGCCCGAGAUCUCCCCUGGUUUUGUUGUUUUAGCUCUCAUGGUCCAGGACUCGUGUUUCCAAGUUCGCGUGCAGUUCAUGGACAAGUUAGUUACCCUCUUAACUGCUCGCAAACUACCAGUCCAGUUUAAUGUGCUUCCAUUCUUGUCGGUACACGACCCGGAAGCUGAUAUUAAGAACAAGGCGAAGGCAUACGUGAUCCAUUCCAUGCGCACCAUGCCCAAAGCAAUCAGACUGGCGAGCUUUGAGAUGCUCUUCAUUCGUUUUCUGCACGUACUAGCACACCAUCCUGAUUUCUCGCUUACACCUGAUCCCUUUCGUGAUAUUGCCAAAACUAUGGAUUUCUAUCUCGACCUCGUUGCAUCGAACGAGAACAUUGCCUUGUUAUACCAUCUAGCUCUGAAGGCGAAGACUGUGAGAGACGCUGAAUCGCAUACCUAUAGCGAGAAUCUCUAUGCCGCGAGCGAGCUAGCCCAACACUUGAUCAAGGCACGCGCCAAGUUACACUCAUGGAGUCUAGAGAGCUAUCCAGGCAAAGUACGCUUACCGGGUGACAUUUUGCGACCUCUGCCCAAUCCAGAGGCUGCCAAAGAGAUCAUGAAGACCGUAUACUUACCUGACGAAGCACUAGCAUGGCUCUUAGAGCAGCCAAAGCAGCCAAAGCCUGGUCAGGAAGCAAAGGAAAAAGCUCGUGCAGAACGCAAAGCCGGAGCAAAACGCAAGGGUGCAGCAAAGACAAAUGGCCAUGCAAAGCGGGCUCGCACGAAGCGUCGAAAAGCAGAUGAUUCGGAUGAGGAAGAAUCCCCUCCUUCAGAGACGAGUGAAGAAGAUGAAGAGGAGGAGCCGGCUACAGCUAAGGAAGAGGAGGCGGUAUCUGAGUCCGAGGACGAGGCUGAGCAACCAGAAGAGGAGAAGCUAGGUAGAGGGGCAAGGACACGGGCCAAGGCGAAGUUGAAACAGCAAGCGAAGAGAGCUGCGAAACGCAAGGCGAAGGCCCCUUUGCCAGAUAAUUGA